GAGUCGUUGCAGCGACGCGUCGCCAUGAAAGUGUUGUUCAAAAUGAUCCCGCGCGCAAUACAGUGUACUCUUUUGUAACUUGUUUUAGAACAGUGGUCAUUUUACGAUUCUCUGAUGGAAAGAUGCAAUGAGGAUGAGAAGCUGAAUGCCCCGUCUGAUUUUGUGGCAUCAAGUGUCUCAAAGGGUAGUCAGAGGACCCUGAUGCCCCCAUCCCAUUUCACCGCAAGCACCCAGUCUGCCUCCAUCAUAGUACCAGGGACUGUUACGGGACGAGGGACAACACCAAUAAAAUGGGUCACCCAUGCCACAACACCCCCAUCGGACUCUGGCCCUGCCAACCCAUGGCUCACCAUGGCUCUUGCCAAAAAGGAAAUUGUAGAACUACACAGAGAAAACCAGAGGAUUCUGAUGUUACAGGGAGACUGCUCCAGAGGAACGGAGUCAACAGAGGAUUCUGCCCACUCCAUAGCAAGGUCUGGAGCGAGAGGUGAGCAGGCCUCCAGGUGGGAGACAGAAUGGAGACUGGACACAGAGCGUUUCAGGGCAGAGUCAGAGAGGCUGAAAGGCCAGGUAGAAGCACUGAAGGAAGUUGGAGGGAGACAGAGAGAGGAGAUGAGGGACAAAGAAGCUUAUCUGAACAGGCAGAGUCAUGAAAUGGAGGCGAUGCGGGAGGAGUUAUAUAAGACUAAGGCUGAGCUCAGCCAAGUCAGUGUGGAGCUGGUCCAAAAGAGACAGGACAAGGAGAGACUCAGCACCCAGCUGGAGAUGCUGGAGAGGAAGUCUGGGGAGGAGGCUGAGAGGCUGAGGAGGGAGGUGGAGAGGAGCAGACAGGAAACCCACAGGCUGACCAGGGAGGCUGAUACAGCCAGGCUGCAGGCUGGGGAAGAGGCCAAGCAGGAGUUGCAGAAACUAAAUAAGCAACUGGAGGAAUCCCACAGGAGACAUGAAACACAGUUGCAGCAGUUGACUGCCACCCAUGACACUGAAUUGUCCACAGUCAGACAGACGAGCUCUGAGGUGCAGGAGAGGUUAUGUCAUCUGUCAAAGGAGGUGACUCAUCUGAAGUGCUGUCUACUGGAAGUGUCUGCAGAGAGAGAUGGACUGAAAGAACAACUAAGCCAAAUGGGCAAUGCUUAUGAGACCCAGUCAGCAACGCUGCAGAGUCUUAGAAACUACAUUGGACAACUUACCCCUGAGAGAGGGUUGGAAGAGAAACUAACUGAAACCAUUCAGACACUGAAUAGGGAGAAGGAGGCUCUGCAGGUGACUACAGAGCUUCUGACGGUCAGACUCAACUCUGUGAACGACAUUUUGGCCCUACAAGAGGAGGAGAUGGUAGAGAAGACUCUGUCAGACCCUCUCCUGAAAGCUGGGCCCAAAGGCACUCGGGUUCUGCGUUGCUGGAGAGAGAAGGUCUUCAUGUUGUUGGUCCAGCUUCGCUCAAAGGAUAUCGUACUGAGGGGAGAAAAGGAUAAACUUCACUCAACCAUCUCGUCUCUGGAGCAGGAGGUGAAGAAGGAGAAGUACCAGUCCAAUGUGUUCCAGCACAGCCUGCAGGACAGAACAGCUGAGCUGGAGCUGGAGAGGGUGGCUAGGGAGGCCGUGGAGCAGGACAUGACUACGACUAAGAGGGAGAACACAGAGCUGAAGAGCUGGACUCAGGAGGCAGAGGCUGGACUGAGGACAAUGACAGAGGAUGCCCAGCGAUUCAGUCAGGCAUUUGAGGCUAAGAUGUCAGAGGUGGAGGCUGUCCAAACACAUCUGAACAGCUUUGUCCAGAGGCUGACCUUUGCCAACAGAAGAGUGGACACAAUUCAAGGUCUAAUGAUGAGGAAGGAGGCCCUACGGAGAGUGCAGCAGGCCACUAAAGCAGCCAACCCGGUCUCUGAGCUUGCCGCUGUCACAGAGCUCCAGGCAGAGCUGUCCUCGGCGUGUGAGGAGAGAGACAAGCUCAGGCAGGAGCUCAAGAGAACCCCCGAGCUCAUUGAGAGUGCUCUGGCUGAUGUCCGUGAACAGUUUGACAGUGAGGUGAGGCAGCUGAGGCAGGCUGCAGAGCGAAGCAGGGGGGAUGCCCAGGAGGCCCAGGCAGCCAGAGAGGAGGCCCAGCAGAGGCUGCAGGAGGCCCACACACAGCUAGAGGAGAGAAACCUCAACCUAGAGCAGCUCCAUGCACAGCUGAUCAGCCAACAGGAGGACAGUGACAGAGCUCUGCAGGAGAGAGUGUCUGAGACAGAGGAUCACUGUGCUCAGCAGCUUAGAGUGAUGGAAUCUCAACUCAACACGGCCAGAAGAGAACACACCAAAGCAGUGGUAGCCCUGCGUCAGUUUGAGAGACAGGCUAAGAGAGAGAGGGAGCAGGAGAGAGAAGCACAAUGCCUUCAGAGUGAACACACCAAGAGAGAAAUCCAGGAUCUACAGAAACUACUGCAAGAAAAGGACAAGGACAGAAAUCUACUUCUGGCGACUGUACGUGAGAGGGGUCUGAUGAGUGAGUAUAAGGCAGCCCGGACCACAGCCCUGCAGACUUCUGUGGCCUUGGAGCAGCAGCAGAGACCCUCAAGGAAGAGCAACACUCUGAGAGCCAAAGACCAGCCACAGACCAGAGAACAUCCUCAAUUCGCCAGGGCAUGGACUCUAAGAGGUGUCGAAAGUGUUCCACAGGGAUGCUGGCCCAUGAUUCCAAUGCUUCACACAGUUGUGUCAAGUUGGCUGGAUGGCCUUUGGGUGGUAGACCAUUCUUGAUACACACAGGAAGCUGUUGAGCAUUAAAAAAACAGCAAUGUUGCAGUUCUUGACACAAACUGGUGCACCUGGCAUCUACUGCCAUACCCCACUCAAAGGCUCUUAAAUCUUUUGUCUUGCCCAUUCACCAUCUGAAUGGCACACAUAUACAGUACCAGUCAAGUUUGGACGCCCACUCAUUCAAGGGUUUUUCUUUUUUUUAAACUAUUUUCUAUGUUGUAGAAUAUUAGUGAAGACAUCAAAACUAUGAAAUAAAAGAUAUGGAAUCGUAGUAACCAAAAAUUUGUUAAACAAAUAAAAAUAUAUUUUAGAUUCUCCAAAGUAGCCCCCUUUUGCCUUGACAGCUUUGCACUCUUGGCAUUUUCUCAACCAGCUUCAUGAGGAAUGCUUUUCCAACAGUCUUGAAGGAGUUCCCACAUAUGCUGAGCACUUGUUGGCUGCUUUUCAAUCAAUCAAUCAAAUGUAUUUAUAAAGCCCUUCUUACAUCAGCUGAUGUCACAAAGUGCUGUACAGAAACCCAGCCUAAAACCCCAAACAGCAAGCAAUGCUGGUGUAGAAGCACGGUGGCUAGGAAAAACUCCCUAGAAUGGCCAGAACCAAGGAAGAAACCUAGAGAGGAACCAGGCUAUGAGGGGUGGCCAGUCCUCUUCCGUCUGUGCCGGGUGGAGAUUAUAACAGAACAUGGCCAAGAUGUUCAUAGAUGACCAGCAGGGUCAAAUAACAAUAAUCACAGAGGUUCUCGAGGGUGCAACAGGUCAGCAUCUCAGGAGUAAAUGUCAGUUGGCUUUUCAUAGCCGAUCAUUCAGAGUAUCUCUACCUCUUCUGCUGUCUCUAGAGAGUUGAAAACAGCAGAUCUGGGACAGGUAGCACGUCUGGUGAACAGAUCAGGGUUCCAUAGCCGCAGGCAGAACAGCUGGAACUGGAGCAGCAGCACGACCAGGUGGACUGGGGACAGCAAGGAGUCAUCAGGCCAGGUAGUCCUGAGGCAUGGUGCUUUUCCUUCACUCUGUGGUCCAACUCAUCCCAAACCAUCUCAGUUUGGUUGAGGUCGGGUGAUUGUGGAGGCCAGCUCAUCUGAUGCAGCAUUGCAUCACUCUCCUUGGUCAAAUAGCCCUUACACAGCCUGGAGGUGUGUUUUGUGUCAUUGUCCUGUUGAAAAACAAAUGAUAGUCCCACUAAGCGCAAACCAAAUGGAAUGGCGUAUCGAUGCAGAAUGCUGUGGUAGACAUGCUGGUUAAGUGUGCCUUGAUUUCUAAAUAGAACACUGACAGUGUCACCAGCAGGGCACCAUCACACCUCCUCCUCCAUGCUUCAUGGUGGGAACCUCACAUGCAGAGAUCAUCCGUUCACCUACACUGCGUCUCACAAAGACACGGCGGUUGGAAACAAAAUUUCCAAUUUGGACUCAUUAGACCAAAGGACAGAUUUCUACCAGUCUAAUGUCCAUUACUUGUGUUUCUUGGCCCAAGCAAGUCUCCUCUUCUUAUUGUUGUCUCCUUGAUUGAUGUUGAGAUGUCUGUUACUUGAACUCUGAAGCAUUUAUUUGGCCUGCAUUUUCUGAGGCUGGUAACUCUAAUGAAUUUAUCCUCUCUAGCAGAGGUAACUCUGGGUAUUAUUUUCCUGUGGUGGUCCUCAUGAGAGCCAGUUUCAUCAUACCGCUUGAUGGUUUUUGCGACUGCACUUGAAAUGUUCCUUGUUGACUGACCUUCAUGUCUUAAAGUAAUGAUGGACUGUCGUUUCUCAUUGCUUAUUUAAACGGUUCUUGCCAUAAUAUGGACUUAGCCCUAUUUGGUAAAGACCAUCUUCUGUAUACCACCCCUAACUUGUCACAACACAACUGAUUGGCUCAAACGCAUUAAGAAGGAAAGAAAUUCCACAAAUUAACUUUUAACAAGGCACACCUGUUAAUUGAAAUGCAUUCCAGCUGACUACCUCAUGAAGCUGGUUGAGAGAAUGCCAAUAGUGUGCAAAGCUGUCAUCAAGGCUACUUUGAAGAAUCUCAUAUCAAAUAUAUUUGGAUUUGUUUUUGUUUUUUUUGGUUACUACAUAAUUCCAUAUGUGCUAUUUCAUGGUCUUGAUGUCUUUGCUGUUAUUCUACAGUGUAGAAAAUAGUAAAAAUAAAGCGAACCCCCUGGAAUGUGUAGGUGUGUCCAAACUUUUGACUGGUACUGUACGAUCCAUGUCUCAAUUGUCUCAUGGCUUAAAAAUCCUUCUUUAACCCGUCUCCUCCCCUUCAUCUACACUGAUGGAAGUGUAUUUAACGAGUGACAUUAAUAAAGGAUCAUAGUUUCAA